AUGCCCCAACCCCGUCACAUUCAAGACCUUGCCGACGAGCUGCUGAGCGAGAUUUUGUCCUUCCUGCUGGAGGAGCCUGGACUUCGCAUUCUCAAUGGUAAUGCCAGGAAGAACGGCCACAACGGCCACUGCUCGGGGGAAUACAAUGACCAACAGCCGAGCGCCUAUGGCGAGGCAUCAGAGCUAGAUCGCUUUCGACUCGUCUGUAGACGAUUCAUGCGCAUCGGUACCCCACGCAAGUUCUCGCGGUUCAACCUACGGUUCUCCGAGAAUGGCUUUCGCCGUCUCGACGAUCUGCUCAAGAUGCAGCUGGCCUGCUACGUGAAAACGGUGACAUAUCUCGUGCGACCCUUCUAUCAAGGCAGCGACUGGGCACCGGUCCUUCGCACACUCGGCACCGAAGCCCCCGGACUGGCGCAAUUGCAUAGCCGCCGACUGCGCGAACAAACCACCCUGGUCAACACCAACCAUGACCUAACGCAGCUGCGUGCUGCAGUCGCGGCAUUUUCGGCACUCCAAGAAAUGAAGCUUCUCCGGUUACAAGACGAAGCUGACGAGGAACUCCUUGAUUUCAUUCGCGACCAAACCAUCGGCCACAUUUCGUCAGACGCCCAUUUCGACUGGGGAUCUGCAUGCUCACGGGCCGUCACAAACCUGGGUAUCGCCCUACUCGAUUCCCAACGCACCUCAAUCCGCUUCAUCGGGCCCCAAAUUAGCCCCGAAGCAACCCUCCAACUCCUCAAAGCCCCCUCAACCACCCUCGCCGCAAUGGGCAGCCGCCUCACCAGCCUGGACAUCAACUUCCACGCCCACAUCGACAUCACCACAACCAUGUCCGACCUCUCCCCCGUCUUCCACCGCUUCUUCACCGAAGCCAAAAACCUAGUCGCCAUCCACAUCGGCUUCCCCACUAAAACCCCCCUCAACCUCGACCUCGAGACAAUCUUCCACGGCAUCCGCUGGAAAACCCUUCGCACGCUGAGCCUACAAGGCUGGCGUCUCGGCGCAGACGAAAUCAUCACGCUCGCACGCCGGCACCGCCAUCAACUGCGCGAAUUCCGCCUCUACGCCAUCUACCUCCGAGACGGCGGCCGCUGGCGCGACGUGCUCUGCAUGCUGCGCGCGGAAAUGGAACGCCUGGCACGACUAGACUUGCGCGAGAUCGACUACGCCGCCAACUUUGACGCGCUGGCUAUUGACAGCGGCGUGGAGAUCUUCGAUCCGCACCCCACGGGCCCGAUAUCAUCUUCCGUCUCCGUGGCUACGGGGACGUCACCGCCGGAGGCACCCUUGCUUGCUACGUUCGGGACGAACGGGCAUCAUCGUGCGCUGGUACCGGGAGACAGACGGCGAUCAUGGGAGAAGGUUCGGGGCUUGGGUGUCGAGGAAUUGGGUGAUGAUGGGAUCCGUGUAUAUCGGGACCAGGUGCAUCUUUGGGAGGCGUGGGUUUUGUCUGGGUUGCGGGGGACUGUGGAGAACGGGAAUUCGCAUUGUGGUUCUUGA